GGCAAGCACACAUCAGAAAAGCAAAAGCACUGCACUGCACUGCACUCAUUCCCUGAGAACGAAGCAAGAGCACGACAUAAGCUCCACUGCCUCAGAAGAAACACCGUGGUGGGAAGAGAAGAGAGAGGAAUGACAACAAUGCCUCGUCUCCUACCGCUGCUGCUAUCUCUUCUACUCCUCCAGGUUACUCUCUUGGCCGCUCAGCCUGUCCUGCCCGAACCUGAGCCCGCUUCCAUUCAGCUCAUCCCCUCCACCUCGGCGGCUGCCGCUGGCGGCGCCGCCGCCUCCUCCUUCUCCCCACCAGCCACUAUCCCUGCCUUCCCAGAGCAGUCCGAAGUCUCCACCGCCGCCUGCCCCCUCGACCCUCCCACCGACCUCCUUUCCUCCGUCUCCGCUGCCUGCGCUGCGUCCGACGGCAGCCUUCCCUCCCGCUCCCGCUGCUGUCCCACCCUCAACGCCUGGCUCCUCGCCGCCUACUCCGCCUCCGCCCUCGCCGCCCGGCCUCUGCCAUCCGCCGGCUACGAUCUGCCCACCCUGCCUGAUGACUCCGAGUCGUGCAUCGGCGGCGUGGAGCGCGCGCUCCGGGACCGCGGGGUGGAGCUCCCGCGCGUGAACGGCACGUGCGACGCGGCGUACUGCUUCUGCGGCGUCCGCCUUCGGCGGCUGGCCUGCGCGGGGGCAUUCGUGGCUAACGCCACGGAGGGGCGGUGGGUCCCGGCGGGAGACGCCGGGCGUCGGUUGGAGAGGGACUGCGCUCGCCCCGGAUUCGCCGGGUGCACACGCUGCCUUCGGACCCUUAACCAGCUGAAGUCCAAAGAGAAACGAGGUGGCGGCGAUGCAAACGGGUCGGACAAGAAGGCGACCCCGGCUCACGACAGGGAAUGCCAACUAAUGGGGGUGACAUGGCUCCUCUCGAAGAACCGGACGCUCUUCCUGCCGGCCACCACCUCCGUCCUCCGGGUGCUCAUGGCGGCGGAUGGCGCCGGAGGCUCCGAUCCAACCUCGUGCUCGCUCUCCAUCGACGACAUGCCGCUCGCCGUUGGAUCCGACCAGAUCGGUGGGCAUGGCGGAUGCUCCACCGUCGGGUCUUUGCCCCUGUUCCAGCUCUCGCUGCUAACCCUUGUCCUUCUCUUUGCACUCUACCAUGUUUAGUUCGUACGUGAAGGAAAACAAAAAAAGGAUCUAAAUGACUGUUCAAGUUA